GCUGAGCCCAGCUCGCAGUCAGUGUGGUUGCGGACGCAGUGUGAGCUCGGGCAUCGCUCCGGCCAUGGGGAAGGUGCAGCUCUUCGAGAUCAGCCUGAAGGACUCCAGAGUGAUCUACAGCCCGGGAGAGGCGCUGUCUGGAACCGUCACCCUGAGACUAGCCGCAGCCCUGCCCUUUAAAUCCAUUAAGGUGAGCUGUGUGGGGUCCUGCGGUGUAUCGAACAAGGUGAACGAUUCCUCGUGGAAUGUGGAAGAGCAGUACUUUAACAGCACCUUCUCCCUUGCCGAUAAAGGAACUCUCCAGCCUGGAGAACACACAUUUCAAUUCCAGUUCCUGCUACCAACUUCUGCACCCACAUCCUUCGAGGGGCCAUUUGGGAAGGUGAUACACCAGGUUAAAGCAGUGAUAGAAACUCGAAAGCUCUCUAAGGAUUACAAGUGCAACAAACUCUUUUAUAUCUUGAGACCACUGGACCUUAAUGAAAUCCCAGAAAUCGAGCAACUGAGCUGUUCAACAGCCACAAAGAAGUUUAACUACCUGUUAGUGAAGUCUGGGCAGAUUACGCUGAAGGUGACGUCCGAUCUGAGAGGGUACAUUGUGGGCCAAGUUAUCCAAAUCCACACAGACCUGGAGAACAAGUCUGGCCGGGACACUGGGCCUAUUGUGGCUUCUCUCAUUCAGAAAGUUGCCUACAAAUCGAAACGUUGUGUUUAUGAUCUGAGGACCAUCGCAGAGGUUGAAGGUUCAAUAGUGAAAGCGUGGAAACAUGGAGUAUGGGAUGAACAGAUCCUAGUGCCACCACUCCCCCAAUCCAUUCUACAUGGCUGCAACCUCAUACACAUAGACUAUUACCUUCAGGUUUCCGUGAAGAAUCCAGAGGUGUCUGUCAUAUUACCGAUAUACAUUGGCAAUAUUCCAGUCAAUCUAUCACGUCUUGCCCCAAGACUUUCCAUCUCACAGAGUCCUGCCCCAGUGGUGCCCAGUGCCCCACCGCAAGACGAUGAAGCAGCAGGCAGCUGCCCACCAAUGGACGAUGUUUCUUUACCUACCAAGAGCCACUCCCAGCAGCAGUCAAGUGCCCCUUUCUCUUACACCCCAGAACUUUGUUUCCCAAACUAUGGUAAUGGAAUGCCGGAGUCAUUGGGUUCACCAUCUCACCCCACCCUCUGCUUGUCCACUGGAGCCACUGUCCCGUAUUACGCCGAAGGAGCUGUAGUGCCUAUGUCCACAGCCAACAUGCUAAUAUUGCCCCCCGAAUACAGCACGUGGGGCUAUCCCUACGAUGCUCCUCCUUCAUACGAACAGAGCUGCAGCAGCACCAACGUCGAGAAUGGAAACUAACGCAGUUCUUCUUGUGUGUCACAAACAAGAGACUUAACAAAGGUCCUGGAUUACUCAACGGGACAGAUUUUAUAUUUUAUUUGCUCUGUAUUUGCACUCUCUCUCCUUUUACAAUCAUUUUUUUCAGCCUUCCCCUUCACAUGAAAGAUCCUUUUUUUUUUUUUUAUCGGUUUUCUUUUGACCACACAGGACCAGAAAACGAAAGUGACUUUUGUCUUUAUGUGAAGGGGGGAGGUUAAUUUAUAAUGUUUUUAGCACCUGUGAUGCCUUAUGAAAACUCAAAUUAUAUAUAUAUAUAUAAAUAUUAAAUCUAUAAUAGACCAACGGGUUGUAUAUAUUUUUUUUUUUUUCUUCAAGCAAAGAAUGUUUUUGAACUUUUCGAGAAGCCCUCUCCAAACAGAUCCUCAUCACUUGGUCCUUGGCUGCUGGAAUUUUAAGAAUAAGUUUGGACUUGGAUGAGCCUUGAGGCUUUCCAAUCUUGUUGUCCUGGUGUUUUGCUGCAUGGUGGGAUAAUAUAGUUGGGGAGUUAUCACAACCUUUCCCAGUAUAUACUUUGAUAUACAGAAAUAUCCUUUGUUUAGUGAAGAACUGAUUUUAGGUUCAUAAUAAAUGGCAGAUUGCACAAUCGAUGAGGGGGGAAAAAGACUUGAGGCUGGAAGGUUUAAUAGUGAGCUGAAAUGUAUAUUUCUUUUUUAGUAAGAGUUUAGAUUUUGUGUAUGCAAGUUUGCGUCCAAUUCUUUAAAUUGUUAUGUUUUUGCUCUUUAGCUCUUAAGGUUUUUCUCUGGUAGAGCUUUCUUUCAUUUAAACUUUGGGUACUUUGUAUAUUGAACCGAACUAACAAAUAAAGAUGUAAGUGGGUGCUAACAUGUGAUCUGGAUGCCACUUAAUUGAGCUGACCUGUACGUUGGCUUUUGGGUGACAAUGACUAAAAUCGUAACCUUCACUGUAACUCCGUGCCUCCAAAAAGUCAUUACAGUUUAAGAUCCAAAUCCUUCUGUCUUGUUUCCACUUUUUGUUUGUGUUUUGUUAACCCCUUAAGGACGGAGGCAGUUGUCCAAUUCCUGAACCAAACUAAAACCUAGAAUUUGAGAUAUGUCUAUUGAACCAAACGUUUACCUCUUUCAUAUUAACUGCACCCACACUUAUUAUACUUUAUUUUGUUCAGGGGAAAUAGGGCUUUCAUUUCACAUCAAAUAUUUGUAUAUGAAACAUAAUUUAAUGUGAAUAAAAUCGAACGUGUAAGAAAUUUAUAUUUUCAAAAUUCUGCCUGGCAUUUUAACUGUGAAUGUCAUAAUACUGUUAGCUGUUACUGCAAUAAAAUACACAUACUUGUA